UACUUCAUUGACUCUGAUCGCGCCAAAUUCGAAUUUUUCGAUGAGAAUAAUUUUUAUAUAAUUGACAAUCGGAUUGUCAAUUAGCUCCAUAAAAAACAUGGACGGAUAAACAAAUUUCGCUCAUCAAAAUUUUAAAGUACACAACGUUUCGGCGCACAAAUUCAAAAUGUCUUGAAAUAAAAGUUAACAAAAAUGAUAAUAUUGUUCUGGCCGCUAAAUUUUGAUGUAUUUGAACAACGCAAAAAUUAAAAUAUUAAUACAAUGUCACUACCACCGCUUUUUGAUAAAGGCUUCCCCAACUACAUCAAAGAGACCUAUGGCAAUGUUGAUGUGUUUUGGUACCAAGCAGAAUUUACACAGAGCCGUUAUCCACCUGGUCAAGAAGUUAGUGAAGCAUGUACAUUGAUUUGUCUGUUGGUGGCUCAACGUAUAAGUCAAUUGGGAUUACAAGUUUUGGAUGUUGAUUCCACUCCAGAAUUCAAUGUUGUCAUAGCUGAAGCUAUAAUAGAAGGCAAUGACAUUCAUUCUUACAUUGUUAAAAAUAAACUUAUUCCUCAUCCUUAUCUGAAUACAGAAGAGGCACUGACUUUUGGGGGCAAAAAACUUAGUAUGCUGAAGGAAUGGAAUUUCCAAGUUUUCCGUGAGAAUCUUGAUACCACUUUGUACAGAAACAUCAAGUCUUUCUUGUGUGAGUGGUAUAUCAAUCCUGAGUCACCCAAUUUGUUUAUGCUUCUCAUAACUUGCGGCAGAACAAUACUUUUCAUAUUCCAACAGAAAACUAAAAAGGUGAUUUUGUUUGAUUCUCAUGGACACAAUAGUGCAAGAUACUCAAACAAAGGAUUGGUGGUGGCUCAAUCACCUAUUACAAGUUUGGAGGAGCUCUGCAGAUGGUAUGUAAGGGAGGUAAUACAUAAUUGUUAUGAACUAGAAGCUGAUCAGUAUGAACUGGCUUGUUUGUAUCAUCAGCAAUCUCGAAGAUCCAUUAGUAGUUGUUAUGAGUGCAAAUGUAGUGCAUCCAACAAUAGAUAGCCCUUUGCCGUGCAUUCAGAAAUUAAUCAUUUGAUGUUUAGAACUAUUUUUAUUAUAUUAUACCAAAAAUACAAAAAAAUCGAAUUUCAUUUAAAGUAUAAUAAAAAAUUGUAAAUAAAUGUGAAACUUCUAAACGUUUCUUUCUCUUUUAAGAUUAAAAUAAUAGAAAUUAAUUUUGUCUAUAAAAAACGUAAAUAAUUAGUCUAAGUAAUGAUCACACAAAUAUCACUGAAAUGUAGUACUUUAUUAGAACCAGUUAUACUGAACUAUUUAUUUCAGAUUAAUGUAACGACACGACUAUUUACAUUAUUUACAACCAUCACGGCUUUAGAAACCUUACUUGUAUUAAAAACAAUGUCAAAACAAAAUUUGUUUCAAGAAGCCUUCUUAUAACUGAAUAAAACAAACACUCUUUCCUCUUAUAAAUUUGCUUCAACAUUUUUGCCCAUUAUAACCAAAACCUCUUAAUUCUUUUCUUCUUGAUAAUAAGUAGCUUGUAAUAUCUAAACUUAAUCUAAAGCAGCAUUCCGUUUUCUUAGUUUUAAAUUGAAUAUCAACUGAGUAAUCAUUCCUUUUAACCUUUUAAAUAGUCAGUGAUUCAAAUUGAAAUGUUUGUUUGAAAUUGUUAAACUGUGUUGCUCUUUCUCUUUCUCUUUCAUAUUUGUUUUCAUUUCAUGUUAUAUUCAGAGUAGCAAACAGACGAUUUCACAGAAAAUGCAAAUAUUUAUCAUAAAACACGAAAAUACCAUACACUAGGAAAUUACACGAAGAACAUUGCAUGUUUAUACAUAUACAGUAUCUGACAUUCUGUAGAUUAAAGUCACAAAUGCAAAGAUGAAAAAAAAUUCUAACUUUUUUAUCUUUCUCUACAAAUUGUUUUAAUCACAGCCAGUGUGUAUGUAUGCUGUUUGUUAUAUUGACAUGUAAAAUUUUGGAUUUACUUAGAUUAAAUUAUUGAAGAUACAAAAAAGAAUUUCUACCAUAAAAUCGCAAACAUUGUUCUUAGUAAUUUUUUUGAAUUUAUGUUCUUUGCUCCUGAAAAUACUGUUAGAUAUUAUUUAACGCAUACUAUUAGAAGAUGUUCGCAAUAUUAUAUUAUCUUAAUAUUAAAACAAAUCGAUUUUCAUAAAUAAAAAAUGAAUAUCUUAAUAUAGAUUUCUCUGAUAUAGCUUUUUUGAAUUUUUGACAAAAACUUGGUAUGUAUAUGAUUUAACGUCGAAAAAAUAAGCAAAUAGUUUUUACUGGCUAUUGCGAUAUCAAGCAGAACAGCAUAGAAUUGAGUGGUAAUAAAGUUUCGAAAAACACAUUUCAUCUCACUUUCUUAUAACUUUCGCACGUAUAUAUUUUUUACAAGAGACUGCACCGCUCGUGCAGGAAUAGUUCGCUUCCAUUAGGUUAAUGAAUUUUUGUUCUUUAGUAAAAAGAAAAAUGUUCACCAAUGGCUAUCUACACACGUGAACCUGUCUCUGCACACCUCUGUUGUCUCGCGAUAAUUAUGUGUCAAGUAGAGUGUACCUUAUAUGCAUGUGUGAUAUAGAGAAAGAGUUAGUGAGAAACGUGAAUUUGAAUC